AUGUCAGUGUCGACGUUUUCGAGCCCUGCGCCUGUCUCCGGCGUCGCUAAUCCACCAGGAUCAUUCUCCGCCGCAAUUGGCUGGAAACAACCGUUGAGAUUUCGGAGGACGAAGAAGCCUCGGGUCAUUUCUUGCGAUUAUUCAUGCCUCGAGGUUAGGGAUGUUUGUUACCGUCCUCCUGGAACACAGUUGAAUAUAUUAAAUGGAGUUAAUUUUUCCCUGCGCGAGAAAAGCUUUGGCUUGAUCUUUGGGAAAAGUGGGAGCGGUAAAACUACCCUUUUGCAGCUUCUUGCUGGCCUAAACAAACCAACAUCAGGUUCUAUUUGUAUCCAAAGAUAUGAGGAUGAUGGCCAGCCAAAGGCGGUUCCUGAGUUGCUGCCCACUGAGAAGGUCGGUAUUGUCUUCCAGUUUCCAGAGAGAUUCUUCGUUGCAGAUAAUGUGCUUGAUGAAAUUACUUUUGGUUGGCCAAGGCAAAAAGGUAGUUUGAAGUUAAAGGAGCAUCUGACUUCAAACCUCCAGAGAGCAUUUAAUUGGGUUGGAUUAGACAGCAUCCCGCUUGAUAAAGAUCCCCAGUUACUUAGUGGAGGCUACAAGCGUAGGCUUGCACUAGCUAUUCAAUUGGUUCAAACUCCAGAUUUAUUGAUACUGGAUGAGCCCCUCGCUGGUCUUGAUUGGAAAGCACGUGCAGAUGUUGCAAAGCUCUUGAAGCACCUAAAGAAGGAACUGACUUUACUUGUUGUUAGUCAUGACCUAAGAGAGUUAGCAGCCUUGGUCGAUCAGUCAUGGAGAAUGGAAACAGGUGGUGUUCUUCUUGCAGAACGUCCACCGGUUUAG